AUGGAUCUUGUCGCUGGCGUACGCAAAGAAGGCAGCCGUGGUGGCCGCACGGAGUUCAAAUGGUCCGACGUCAAGGACUCGUCCCAUCGCGAGAACUAUCUCGGCCACUCGCUGAUGGCCCCGGUAGGACGAUGGCAGCAAGGAAAGGAUCUCUCGUGGUACGCCAAAGGCGACGAAGAUGACGCAGAGGCGCAAGCUCUCAAGCAGCGCGAAGAGAUCCAGCGAGUCAAGGAUGCCGAAGAAGAAGCCAUGGCCAUCGCCCUAGGCCUACCUCUCCCUGCAAAGGCGGAGACAAAUGCCAACCUGAUUCCCUUGGGAGUCAAGGACACAACGAAAGCGGAUGAGGACAUUUCGAGUGCUAAGGAUACGAAGAGGGAUGGGCGCUCAAGCCGGAGGCACGGGCGUGAUCGUAGUCGCAGUCCUCGCCGAGAGAGACAGGAUCGCAGUGACGACCGAGGCCGGGAUAGAGAGAGCAGGCAUCGCCGACAUGAUGAUGAUCGGGAUCGGGACAGGGACCGCCAUCACCGAAGCCACCACCACCGCUCACGGGACCGAGAUCACCGACGGAGACGAUCUAAAUCGCGUGACCCCGACGAGUGGCGACCUUCUAUGGACAAGGGGAACAACGAGCGCAGAGACGACAAGCGGAGGCACGACGACCGCCGAGGUGGCGAACGCAGUCAUCGUCGGCCCGACCGCACCGACUCACCAAGUGAGCGCCGGCGAGAUCCUGAACGUCGCAGAGACCGAGAAGACCACGACCGCCGGCAUUGA